AUGCCGGUGUUAUCGAAGUUCUUUGGAUCGCAGCUUGGACUGAAAGUGCUGACAACGAAUUGCUAUGAAACUUGCCAUACAUGGGAACCGGAUUGCUCGCUCGCAAUUCAGGCAUGCUUAGACCUCGGUGAACUCGUUCGCGCGAAAGGGGACCCUAGAAAAUUACGCUUCCGCAAGCUUCUGCUCUCGAUUUUGCAAAGCUCUUGUUUCCUGACGACGAAUUUGGUGGCGUAUUUGUUUUUUAUGUGCAGGAUACGACAUUUGCUGGGAUUUUGGGUCUGGCCAACACUGGGGUUAACGAAUGGAAUUCUAUCAUCAUUUACGGCUAUUCUUAUCGAAAAGGCUUCUAGACGACCUGCAUUAGCGCUUUAUUUAACGAACCUGGCCUCAGAAACCUUCUUCCGCCAAGCCGUUAACCAUGGUUACAUUUCGUAUAUUCCCAAUGGGCAAUGGAUUGGAAUUGAAGAGCAUAGUGUGCUGCCAAAAUGGAUUUGGGCCCGAUUUCCGGAGACGUGGAAAGCCACGUUCAAAGGGCUUCGUGGAUAUCCAAAAGCAGAUACUUGUCUUCAUCCCCAUAGUUGUGUUUCAUCGGUUGUUGAGCCGUCGAUUCGCAAUUUCUUGAUCGGCUUUGCAGCUUCAAGUUUGUUAACGGUUUUUAAGAAUUUUGGAGUUCUUCGCAAAUCACCUUUGAAGUUGUUGCCAUUACUAGUUGCAAAAUCGAACCUACGUAUACCCGGAUUUUUGGCAUCACUACCCUUUUUAUACAAUACGACAAGCUGCCUGAUCGAGCAUCAAGUUCCAAAUUUUAAAUGGAAGCCGGCGAUUGCUGGGUUGGUUUCCGGUGCAGGGAUGCGGCUAUUCCCAAAUGUAACAAUCGCUAUGUACAUGUUUUGGAAGGCUAUUGAGCAUUUGUAUGACGACCUGGUGGCUCGUGGCUAUAUUCCGAAGUUUCGGCACGGAGCUAUUAUGCUGUAUACAUUCGCUACUGGCUACGUUUUGUUUGUUGCUGCGAUCGAGCCGCAUGCAUUGCGCACGGGAUAUUACAAAUUUUUGAUGGGGUUAUCUGGAAAUCGACUCGCUGUGUUCAACCGUCGACUUUUCGAUGAGGUCGGCUUCCGCAGCUCGAAGAUGUUUCCGAACUGGCGUCCACGUUUGAAUGCAGCGUAUUUGACGCAGAACCCGGAAUUGUACCUAGGACCAAGA